CUCCCAACGCAGACUCUGACUAUUAAUAUGCGCCAUUUUGAUAGCUAGCUAGCUGAGUUUUUUUUUUUUUUUACAACGGUUGUUCAAAACAUUCGUGAAAUCUUUUGUUGUGUUUCAAUGUAAGCUAGCUAGUUAGCCUCCGGUACGUGCUUUCUUUACUCUACGGAUGAAACGUUAAUGCCAAACUCCGUCCCAGUCUGGGGAUGACCUGACGACAGCAGCACCUGACGUCUUUGACCUGUUCCUGCAACAUCCCAGCUCUGUCGGAUAGGACGACUCCUGCACAUCCUACCAUCUGCUAAGGGCUGCUGUCACCCACCCACCCACUCACCCCCACCCUGAGCCUGUCACAUCCUCCUCCUUCAAAGACCUCAAACCACCUGCGAUUGAACAGUACCAGCCUCUGCCGGCGCCCCCCCUCCCCAACAAACAGAGACAAUGUAUUGCCUGCAGUGGCUGCUCCCCGUGCUGCUCAUCCCCAAACCACUGAACCCGGCGCUGUGGUUCAACCACUCCAUGUUCAUGGGCUUCUAUCUGCUCAGCUUCCUGCUGGAGAGGAAGCCCUGCACCAUCUGUGCCUUGGUCUUCCUCGCUGCCCUUUUCCUCAUCUGCUACAGUUGUUGGGGCAACUGCUUCCUGUAUCACUGCCAGGACGCGGCACUGCCGGACGCCGCCCACGACCCGGCAAUCGUCGGGACCUAGGAGAGAGAGACGGGGGAGAGAUAUCAGAGAGGGGGGGAGGUGUGAAGGGUGAUUACUGUAGAAUGAUACUGCCAUGCUGUAAGAGGGGACGGACCGCACUUUGGGUGGGUUGUACCGCCGAGAAUACAGAGAGUACUUGGCAAGAGGCGAGGAGAGGAGCCAGUUUGGGGGUGAUGGGGGCUGGUUUGUGAUGCUGUAGAGAAAAAGACUUAAAUCUGAGGUGGUAGGAGGAGAAGAGGGGGAGGUGGCAUCAGAGGCAGCGGGCGAGGGGAGGAAGGAAGGAAGGAAGGAAGGAAGGAGGGGUAUUGAAACUUGAAACGCUAAGAGAAGGACACGAGUGAACUUCACACUCUCAACACUCCACUUUCAGCAACUUUCAUUCCAGCAUCUGAAUGAAAACAAGACAGUAAACAAACGCACCACAAGUUGACGCCGACCUAAAAGUGACACCGUGUUUGAGUAUUCUGGCUUCUUUCCAGCCCACCCACCUGUUUACUUCAACCAGAGAGAUUCGCCGGGGUUCAUCUUCGUUAGAAUCAAAAUACCCUCAAUGUCAAACUGCCAAAAUUCACCUGACCCCCGCUGAAACCUGCAGACGGAGCUUGGACUAGUUUCAAGUUUCACUGGCAGCCAUGUUGGCUCACCAAGCAUUAUAAACCAGGAAGUGUUAAAAGAGUAACUGUCCCGAGCGUCCCACCUGUCGCAGCCCGACCAUACCGAACUCCGUCGCCACUUUUGGCUCCGCACACGUAACGCUACCCUCCACACGGAGAGCACACUAACACUGGACAAUCAGUAACUAUGCUGUGAAUAAUUCCUCCUUUGUUGCAUCGCCACACACACACACACACACACACACACACACACACACACACACACACACACACACACACACACACACACACACACACACACACACACACACACACACACACACACACACCUCAGAAGGUGUGAUAAUGCUGAGAAACUUACCCACCGUGCUCUGGAGCUGCCCCCUCUCCUCGUCUUCCUCGUUUCCUCUUCCUCCUCUCGCCUCGGAGUGAAAGUCCCCUCCCGCCAGACUCACAAUCUUUUUUUUGUUUUCUUUCUUUUUUUUUGCUGUUUUGUUUGUUUGUUUUUUUUCUUGUGCAUGGGUUGCCGUUAGUUUUUUUAUGCAUUAAGUUCACACACAAAGGUUUAGUGAAUUUAAACAAAAUGCUGAAAGUUUCCAAAGGGUAGAAAAAUCUGGAUGUGUGUGUGCGUGCAUGUGUGUGUGUGUGUGUGGGGUGGAUGAAAGGUUAUGGUGUGUGCGAUAGGUGUGUAUUUUCUGUGAUCGAGGUCGUGGUGAUACGCAAGGAAACGGCUGAUGGUCAGUAUUUCCAGCAACACUAAGCAAUACAGAACGCUGGGCGAGGAAGUGGCCUCAAGUUUUCAUUGACAAUAAGGGCAGAAGAUUCCUUGUGCAUCACUGCUGUAAGUGUUAUGUUUAGCUGUGAGACGCAGGCUAAGGUGUUUAUACUGUGUACUAAAUGGCGUGUGAGAAGGUGUGUGUGUGUGUCCGAAUGUGUGUGUGUGUGUGUAGCCUUCUGUCGCAGUGCUGAACAUGCUCACUGCUACACGAUUGCUUUGGUUUUAAUUUAAAUAAAGUUUUUCCUCUCAA